AUGAAUCCCGUCAACACCAAGCCUUAUCACCUCCCAGGUGACGCGGUCUGGUUGAUCACAGGCUGCUCAAGCGGCAUAGGCCGUGAGAUAGCCACCCUUGUCUCCAAGCAGCCAGGCCAGCGCCUCAUCGCCACGGCUCGGGACCCAUCUGCCCUCUCCUACCUGCCCGACGGCCAGGAUGGCAUCCUCAAGCUUGCCCUGGACGUAACAUCGCCCGCAUCCAUCGAGCAAGCCCUCAGCGACGCGGCAGCCCACUUCGGCGACGAGUUCCACCUCGACGUCGUCGUCAACAACGCCGGCUACUCCCUCUCUGGCGACACCGAGGCUGCGAUGGAGGAGCAGACGCACCAGGAAAUCGAGACUCUCUUCUUCGGCACGGCUCGCGUCACGAUGCAGGCUGUGAAAGUCAUGCGCCAGGAGAAGAACCACCGUGGUGGGCUCAUCAUCCAGAUCUCCUCCCUGGCUGGUGUGUGUGCCUUCCCAGGUCACGCGUACUACCAUGCAGGCAAGUUCGCCGUCGAGGGUUGGACAGAGUCUGUUGCGCGCGAGAUGCACCCCGACUGGAACAUACAUUUCUGCAUCGCCGAACCCAGCGGCGUCAAGACCAACUUUGAGAGAGGCAGCAAGAAGUGGACGGAACCCCAUGAGGCCUAUGCGGCCGAGGACAUGCCCGCCCGGAGGCUCGAGGGUUUUGUGAAGAAGGGGCUCAAGUCCGGCGCCGGCAUGGAGCCGGUUGCCCUCGCCAAGGCCCUGUUCGACAUUGCCAGCUGCGGGCAGAACGUUCCUCUUCACUUGCCGCUCGGCGCGACUUCCCUCGUGCUUAUCAAGCAGAAGCUGGAGAAGCGGCUGCAAGAUUUGGAAGAGAUUAAGGAGCUCGGUGCCAUUAAUUAA